AUGGCAGACAGCAAUGAGAUGACCAUCAACCUUGUUGUCCUUGGAAAACCUCAGAGUGGCAAAAGUGCUGCUGGGAACAGCCUGUUGGGCAGCUCAGACUUCGAGAGCCAUCUCUCCCCCAGCUCUGUGACUACGUGCUGUAGCCUCGGACGCAGUGGACGCAUUUUGGGGCUCAUACGAAGAAACGGCUGCGAGUCAGCUCUCCGUGUUCAAGUACUAGACACUCCAAGCUACCCUCACAGUGCUCUGAGCAAAGAGCAAGUGAGGGACACAGUGACAGCAGCCCUGGCUCAGCACUAUGGGGAGCAAGGCCUGCACUUGGCUCUCUUGGUCCUGAGGGCUGACCUGCCCCUGUUUCCAGAUGAAAGCAAUGACACAGUUCAGCUCAUCCAGGAACUUCUGGGUCCCACAUGGAAGGAUUUCACUGCAGUUCUACUUACUCAUGCAGACAAGGCAGAAGAGGCUGGAUACAGUGAGGAAACAUACUUGCAUAAUGCUUCAAGUACCCUGUUGUCACUUUUGAGUUCAGUACAGCAUAAAUAUAUUUUCCUAGACAACCAAAACAGCAUAAUUAAAGAGGAAAGAAAUAUUGUCUUAAGAAAGCUCUUGAAUUUUAUUCAAAAAAAUAAUUAUCAAGUACUACUUAAACACAGCAAGGAAUAAAAUUAGCUUUAAGAUGCUCACUUGUCUAUUUUCUAUAGUAGGUAACAUCUAACAGAAAUAAAACAGUAAAAGCCAUCAACUGGAAAACUCCACAUCCAUACCAAACACCUCUGAACACACAAUUAGAAAUAUCUCUUUAGAUUAUCAAACUACUUCCUUCCACAGAGUACCUCACACUACUGCACUCAGAAUCCUAGGUUCAACCCCAAAAUCAGAACAAGCUAGUGCUCCAAAAUCAUGCUCCCAAUAUGUGUGUAGUUACAAAUGAGAUUUUGCACUACACCAGACUGUAUAUUCCAGUUCACACAGAAUACAGAUCUGAAAGAUUAAAAUUUAAAAAUACUUUAAGGAAAAAAAAGAAAAAUAAAAAAAACAUUAAAAAUGUGCGAGCUCAGAAUCAGGGGGCCUCUUUUGCUCAAUUCUUCAAGCUUUCAGAAGUUCCUCUGAACUUCCAUUUCUAAAAAGAGCUCUCUGGUACUAAAAGCUAAGAUUUAUCUAUUGUAAAAGUAUUUCCCCGCCAUGAUUCAAGAUCAGUUAUAACUGAGUUCUUGAGCUACAAGGAUUUUAUUUAUUAAGACAUUAUUGGAUAUACAGUUUACAAGGCAAAUAAAAUGGCUUCCAUGUGCUCCAUGCUAUUCAGCAUAUUUAAAAGAAUUACUUUUGCUUAUUGCCAGAUGCAUGAAAAAUUAACAGUUUAUAGGCAUAACAAAAACUCAUUCAAAAAGAAAAUAUGUUCAUCUCCUCUUUAUGCAUGCUCCUUUUAAUUUUAUAUCAUUGUCAUUUUGUUUUCUCUCCACUCACUGGAUGAAGUUCAAAGCCUGCAAAAUUUAGAAAGGCUCAAGUUUGGUUUUAAUUUCAGCAGUUAAAAUAGUAUUUACUGUUUCAAUGGUUUUACAGCAACAAUUUAAUAUUAUAUGCAAAAAUAUCUAAAGUAUCUCUAAAUAGCUACUUAAAAAGGUUAUUGUAAAUUGAUUCAAAAUAUUUAUUUUCAUAUUACUGAAAGUAAGGAAUUAAAAUAAUUAAUUUGAUGCUAAUAGCCUAGCAACAUGACUAUUUGUACAUUACUAUAAAAUAACUCUAACUGUAAAAAUUGAAGAAGCUAUUUGUGUAAAAACCAAAGCACUUUUUGUAUAAAACAUCACUGCAUAAAAGCAGAUUAAAACAAAACCAAAACAAAUCAAUUAGUUUUAUACCCGUUUGAGCACUGGAAAUAGAUUUUUUUGGCUUGGGUGCUUUUUUGAGUUUUCUUGGGGGCUGGUUUUUUGGGGUCUGAGGUUUUUUUAGUUUUUUAUUAGUUCCAGGAAUCUCUUAUUAAUUAUUCCUUAGUCUUACCUAUAGGUUUGGAAGGAUGGACAAGACAAAAACUGUUCUAGUGAAGUGGCAGUUUUGAUCUUAAUGAAAAUUUAACAGCAUAGUUGUGGGGACAUGAAAGUGUGUGCACUUGUACAACCUAGGGCAUAAACCACCAUGGUUUAAUCUUUCAGUUACAACUGACUGCAGACUACAGAGAGAACACAGGCAAGAACAAAGGUGUAGAGGCUUAUAAUACAUCUGAAAACUGCUUGGAAAAAGAGGAGGAAAACUAUUAUAAAGAGACUAGAAGAACAAAGACAAUUGUCUUCACUAAACAAAUGCCAGUCCUGCAACUAGCACACAAGGAACACAGCAGAAUGUUUUCCUUACUUCCUUUAGCUCUUGCUAAAUAGAAGCUCUACACCUUCAAACUGUCCAGAGAAUUUACUUGCCUGCCUGUGGUCUCACCACAAACAAGCCUUGG